GCUUCCACUCGUCGUGCUGUUGCCAUGGAAAUCCCCGUGGCAGCAGCAUCGCUCUCUGUAGCGCCAGGAGAGCCGGAGGAGCAGCGCGAGCCCGCCCUACCCUUUCACCGUGGACAGCACCAUAGGACCAGACCGCCGUUCAACCACGGGAGAUUUUAUAUGCUGAUAGUUAUCGGAGAAAUCUCAACGGACCACCACCUUCAGUCUGCCAAAAAACACAUAAAACAGGGACUGCGGUCGUGGGACAUCGAUCUGACUCUGUGCGACCUGAACAGAGAGCUACAGCUCUUCGCGACGCGACACUCUGCCCAGUUCUCCUCAGAGGUCAAAGGACAGAGGACCCUGCAGUACAAGAGUGAUGUCCUUGAGACAGUUGUGUUGGUGAACCCGUCAGAGGAAACUACUGCUUCAGAGAUCCGUUCUCUGGUCACUGACUCUGCUGGACACAAGCUACUAGUCCUAAGUGGCCAGAGCUCUGAGCAGGGAGGUGACAUCACACUGCAGGGUGGAGCCUUCACCUGGAGACACUUCUCUGACAUCAUCUCUGAUCCUGGAGUGACUGAGGUCCUGUCCAACUCGGCAUCGGACCAGCGGCCCAGGCUAACAGUAUCGUGCCUGGGAGACGGGGGCUGGAGCUCACUGGGCCACAGCCAGGAGCAGCAGCACCUCCAGAACCUUCUGGAAUACCGCCUAAACCCUGAGCCCACGCUUCCCGACAUGGAGGGAGUCGCGGAGUUCACAGAGUACGUCUCGGAGACGGUGGACGUCCCGUCGCCCUUUGACAACCUGGAACCGCCCACCUCGGGUGGUUUCCUGAAGCUAUCCAAGCCCUGCUGCUACAUCUUCCCUGGAGGGAGGGGUGACUCUGCCCUGUUCGCCGUGAACGGAUUCAACAUCCUGGUGGAUGGAGGGUCCGAACGCAGGUCCUGUUUCUGGAAGCUGGUCAGGCACUUGGACAGGAUAGACUCAGUCCUGCUGACCCACAUUGGGGCGGACAACCUCCCAGGCAUCAACGGGCUGCUCCAGAGGAAGAUCGCUGAGCAGGAGGAGGAACAGUCCCAGGGAUCUGGCGGCUCCAACACAUACGGUGACUGGAUGAAGAACCUGAUCUCGCCUGAGCUCGGUGUGGUGUUCUUCAACGUCCCCGAGAAGCUACGAAUGCCUGAGUCCACGCUAAAGGUCAAACGGAGCAUCGAGGAGGCAUCCCUCACACUGCAGUAUCUCAACAAGCUUGGCAUCAAGUCAGAACCUCUUUACAGGGUCGUUAGCAACACCAUUGAGCCCAUCACGCUUUUCCACAAGCUGGGCGUUGGCAAGCUAGACAUGUACAUUCUGAACCCUGUGAAGGAAAGCAAGGAGAUGCAGUUCCUUAUGCAGAAGUGGGCUGGGAACAGUAAGGCCAAGACUGGGAUUGUGAUGUCCAAUGGCAAAGAAGGAGAAAUAUCUGUCCCUUACUUGACCUCAGUAACGGCUCUUAUCGUAUGGAUCCCGCAUAGUCCAACAGAGAAGAUAGUCAGGGUGCUGUUCCCUGGAAAUGCACCGCAGAACAAAAUCUUGGAGGGGCUUGAAAAGCUGAAGCACCUGGACUUCCUGCGCUACCCAGUAGCCACUCAGAAAGACAUAUCCUCUGGGGCCCCGCCUCCAAUCAUAAAACAAACAAAGAUGAGAUCAAGAACAGAAAGCAAGGAGAGCCUGAAAUCUUCCACCAAAACACAGUUGGCCUCAAAAGCCAGCAAGAAGGAAGCUAAAGGGCAGGAAGAGGAGUCCAAGAAUGACUCGGCUAAAGAGAACAAAAUUGAAAAGAAAGAGGAGAAGAAGGAGAAGAAGGUGAAGAGUGAGAGCGCCAAAGCUACCAAAGCCACCAAAGCCACCAAACAACAACAAAACAGUGAGGCAGCACCCGAAGCAGCCAAACUGGAGAGAAAGAAGCUGUCCAAGGAGAAAACACAGAGGAAACACUCCAAGGAACGACCAUCUAAGAUGGAGGAGAAAAAGGACAAAGAGAAGAAAGAGAUCAGUAAAGUAAAGAAAGAGGACAACAAACGCGAAGUGAAGAAAGAUGAUACUGCUAAAAAAGAGGAGAAAAAAGAAACAAAAGCAGUGAAGGAGGAGAAAAAGAAGGAUCUGAGUAAGCCAGAGCUGAGGAAGAUCACCAAACCAGACCUGAAACCCUUUACCCCAGAAGCAGUGAAGGAGGAGAAAAAGAAGGAUCUGAGUAAGCCAGAGCUGAGGAACAUCACCAAACCAGACCUGAAACCCUUUACCCCAGAAGCAGUGAAGGAGGAGAAAAAGAAGGAUCUGAGUAAGCCAGAGCUGAGGAAGAUCACCAAACCAGACCUGAAACCCUUUACCCCAGAAGUCAGGAAAACCCUCCAUAAGGCAAACAAGACACAGGCCAAACCCAAGACGGACAAGACUGACAAAAACAUAACAGCCAAACCGGUCAAAGAGAAAACAGCUGAGAAAAAGUCUGUCCCAAAGAAAGCCCCCCAAAAUCCGCUGCUGCUUUGGCAGACGGGUCCGUUGUAUCCUCUCCAGAAGACCUCACCAAGGACUUCGAAGCUUUAACGAGAUGAGCUCUCGAAGCUAGGGAGUGAACCCAUUCAGAAUGAUGUCAUGUCUGGAUGUCCAGCUUUCACAGACUCCAAACUCCCUGAUGAGGGAAUAACAACUAAAUCCCCAGCCAAUCUUGGAGAGAAGUUUGAGGAUGAGGGUGCUGACAUGGAUGAUGGUGAUGAUGAUGGGGAGGAGUAUAAUAAAGAGAGUGAUGUACUAAAGAAAGGUGCAGAUGUCGGGAAAUGGCAGGACAUUAAAAGAAAUGCUGGCAUGGAUAGGAAAUAUGAGGAUGAAAUGGAGAAAUACGACGACGACUACUCUACUAAGGGGGACAUGAAUUCGAAGAAGAGUGUCAGCUCAGAAGAGGAGGGGGACGUUAUCGAAAAAGCAGAUCUGGAGGGAAUUGAGGAUUAUGAGGAUAAAUACAACUCAGAAAAAGAUCAAAAAGAAUGGGACACCAAGUCAACCGACUUUAAAUCGUUUUCAACCGCAGUCGCCUCUGGACAAACCACUACCGCUGCCUCUGAGCAAGUGUCCUUCAUCCAAGAUGAGACUAUUCCCGCUUAUUCCGAAACGGAGCAGACCAUCUCCGAUGAGGAGAUCCAUGAAGAACCCGAGGACAGGAUCCCACACCUCCGCUACGACGUUGCUUCCUGCGACAUCACCGUUCCCGACGUUCCAGGAUCCUUUGACUCUGUGUAUGGUGUUAGGGAGAUGAGAGCCUCGACUACGUCUGACGCAUCAGACUUCAAAGCCAAAGGCUUUGUGGGAAGACAUGACCCAGUGUUGGCAGCCUAUCCAAGCAUCAUCACAGCUCCGCUCGCCGAGGAAGAGCACAUCUCCUCAGCCACGUCCAUCACAGAGUACGACAAACUGUCCUCGUUCGCCACUUCCAUGGCGGACGACCAGUCCAUCGCAUCUGUGACCGCCCCGCAGACAGAGACAGAGACAGGGAGGAGCUCUCUUCACCUGGACACGGUCAAUAGCAUCCCCUACCGCACCGAGGCCACCCACGGGAAGGACUACCUCCACUCGGCUGGAACCAUCUCUCCCACCUCAUCCCUGGAGGAGGACAAGAACUUCAGUUCUCCUCCUUCAAAGGAGUACCAGCCUUUUGUUACCGAGAUGGAGGCUGGGAGGAAGACCAAACCCGUCCAUGAGGAGUAUGACGAAGAGGAGGAUGAAGACGAGGACCAGACUCCCAACGUUGAUAUCCCCUUGGGGAAACUCCAAGAGGGCUACGAGCAGGCGACGGCAGCCAUGUUGCUCCAGGACAAGGAUAAAUCCCCUCCACUGCCUUUGCACCUCCCUCUCCUCCCUCUUUCUCCAGCGGGUUUAAGCCUAGUUCCAUGUUUGAAGUCGGUCCCCAUCAGCAGUGGCUACUCCCCCACAGAGGAGAAGAAAAACAACAAAAUGGACAACACUGAAACUGAGCUCCAUAAAAUGGGGCUUUCUGGUGACAAGAUCCCCUUUGAAGAAUCAGAUGAGGAUGAUGAUGAUGACUAUUAUGAGAAAAGGGAUCUCAAACCCUGUGUUAAAGCGAAGUAUUUGGAACAGAAGGAGGGUAGGUUCUUGGACGAUGAAUCACCUCAAGAAGAGAAGCUGUCUGAGAGGGACAAAGGACUAGCAGAGGAUGGCAUCAAGUCCAAGUAUCUGCAGAAUAAACCGGGGUUGACAGACGAGACACAGUUCUCUGGUUACAUGGAGCAAACAACCAAACCCCAGAUCAUGCACUCGGACGAACAAGACGAGGUGGAGGAAGAUGAUGAAGAUGAUGUUGUUCAACCAAGUGGAACAGGGUCUAGAGCUUUAUCAAUAGAGCAAAGUAAAUUGGACUCUGAAGAUGACAAAAAGGAUGCAGCAUUAUCCAGAAAAAAGAACCAUGUAACUUUGAAAGAGCCAGAGAAAAGUGUCCAGUUCAAUCUGUAUGACUUCCCAGAGCGAGAGAGUAGAGAGAAACGCUCAGAAGAAGAAAUAAGACAGGACACCCCAUAUGUACACGGCAAGACUUUCUCUUACAGUGAUAUCUAUGACAACAAAACCAGUUAUCAGAAGGACCAGUCAGAAAAAAUGGGGAAGGACAGUAUGAAUGAGACGGACACACAGAAAAAGGACUCCGCUUUCCCCUCAGACAAGGAGGGUUUCACUAGCUCUCAUGGAAAAGAUGUAUCUUCCUCCUCCUCUUCCUCUUCCCCCUUUCCAUGGCUCCAUGGCUCUGAAUCUAUAGAGAAGAUAAGUGAGCCACGUGGAUACAGCAGAGAGAGCAGAUUCCCAUCAAUGGCUGAUAGACCAGAGGCUUCAACCACAUCCUUAUCAUCAGAGAGAGACUCCUCCCCUUAUAAAGUUCACAGUGAUUACGCCUCUGUAACAGGUAGUGCUGCAGCCAAACCCUCUUCAAUGAGCUACCAUGACAAAGAGGUGGACCUGGAGAUAGACAUGAGGAAGCUAACAGCCAGGGAUGAGGAAGACUACGAUGAUUAUGAUGAUGAAGAUGAUGAAGAAGAGGAUGAGGACGAUGAAGAGGAGGAUGCUAUUGACUCAGACAUGGAGAAAGGUGCCAAAGAGAAAUCGGAAAAGGAAGUCAAAAGUCCAUUCAUCGAUGGUGUGAGCUCAAAACAGCCCCAGUUUAUGGUUUCCAUGGCUGGCUACGGUUACAACAGCCAGACAAAGCCGACUUCACCAAACAGCAUGAGCACAGAAGAGCCAGAGUUUAUGGUUUCCAUGGCUGGCUAUGGUUACAACAGUCAGGCAAAACCGACUUCACCAGACUGUGUGAGCUCAAAAGAGACAGAUUUCACAUACUCCAAACUCCCUGAUGAGGGGAUAACAACUAAAUCCCCAGCCAAACUUGGAGAGACGUUUGAGGACGAGGGUGCCGACAUGGAUGAUGAUGAUGACGAUGAUGAUGAUGACGAUGAUGAGGAGGAGUACAACAAAGAGAGGGAUGUACUAAAGAAAUGUGCAGAUGGUUACAAUAGUCAGGCAAAGCCGACUUCACCAGACCACUUGAGCUCUAAAGAGCCAGAGUUUAUGGUUUCCAUGGCCGGCUAUGGUUACAACAGCCAGGCAAAGCUGACUUCACCAGACGGCAUGAGCUCAAAAGAGACAGAUUUCACAGACUCCAAACUCCCUGAUGAGGGGAUAACAACUAAAUCCCCAGCCAAACUUGGAGAGACGUUUGAGGACGAGGGUGCCGACAUGGAUGAUGAUGAUGACGAUGAUGAUGAUGACGAUGAUGAGGAGGAGUACAACAAAGAGAGGGAUGUACUAAAGAAAUGUGCAGAUGCCAAACUUGGAGAGAAGUCUGAGGACGAGGGUGCCGACAUGGAUGAUGAUGACGAUGAUGACGAUGAUGAGGAGUACAACAAAGAGCGGGACACACACAGCCAGGCAAAGCCGAUUUCACCAGACGGCAUGAGCUCGAAUGAGCCAGAGUUUAUGGUUUCCAUGGCGGGCUACGGUUACAACAGCCAGGCGAAGCCGACUACGCCACCUUCUUCCACCACCUGCAAAGAUGACAUGGGCGCCACAGCGUUCUCUGGGUACUCCUCUGGGUUUGAUUAUUCUUACGGUGGGGAGAAAGAGACAUUUCAGUCCAGCCAGAUGAAGGACAAAGAGGGAAAAGAUGACUAUUUCCACAGUGAGAGAGCUGACGGUGGUAAGAAAACAGGAGACACAGUAGGAGUCUCAUCAGGCUUCCACUACACCACCACCUCUGCCACGGCAUAUUCGUCCUCCUCUUCCUACAGCUACUCCUCCUCUACGUCCGGUCCGUCACUCUCCACCAGCCGGCAGUUUGGCGAGGAGCUGGAGACCCCAGCCAACGCCUCCGACCACAUCUUCAAACACGAUACAGACAGUGCCGGCUUCGAGUACUCCUCCUUUAAAGAUGAACACGCCUCCUUUAAAGAUGAACACGGCUCCUUUAAAGAUGAACACGCCUCCUUUAAAGAUGAACACGGCUCCUUUAAAGAUGAACACGGCUCCUUUAAAGAUGAACACGGCUCCUUUAAAGAUGAACACGCCUCCUUUAAAGAUGAACACGGCUCCUUUAAAGAUGAACACGCCUCCUUUAAAGAUGAACACGCCUCCUUUAAAGAUGAACAUGCCUCCUUUAAAGAUGAACACGGCUCCUUUAAAGAUGAACACGGCUCCUUUAAAGAUGAACACGCCUCCUUUAAAGAUGAACACGCCUCCUUUAAAGACAAACACGCUUCCUUUAAAGAUGAACACUCCUCCUUUAAAGACGAACACUCCCUGGCCAUGGACUCCUCCCCCUUUUCCAGUUCCUGCGGGAUGGUUAAGAACGAGUACCUGGAGGUUUCGGAGAAGCAGAUGACGAUGGCCACCACCAACACCGCAGAAUCCACCUCCAGUUUGGCCCGCUUCUCUCCUCACAGCCCCUUUGAGGAGAUCAAACCUUUCCACUCACACUCCUCUGCUUCCUCCUCGGAAGACAAAAAGGAGCAUGUUGCCUCGCUGGAAGGAAGUGUUGUGAACAAAAGCCCCCAGUCGGACUGCUUCUAUAAACCGGAAUGGGCGGAUGAGUCCAAGCUGCAGGCUGCAGGGGGUUAUGGGCCUUUCACCCAGUCACCCAAGGAGAAAGAUGCCAUCACCAUGGGUUUGUUUGGUGUCACCUCGUCCCCACGGCCCGACUCAAAAGGCAAGCAUUACUUUGAAAACUCUGACAGUACUGAGGAAGAGGAUGACGAGGAAGGUUACAUGCGUGAGAUGGGCCUGUCCUUCUCCGAAAAACACGGCAGCAGCACCACCACCUCAGGUAAGAUAGAUGGCGCUGGUCUCCCUGAUGUGCUCACCUCGUACAUACCCUCCUCUCUGCAGCCCACCAAGCCAGACACAGUCAAUGGUCCCAUGGAGGGGGCUCCUAUGAGUGGAACAUGCAGAAGCCCCAGAUGGACAUGGUUCCUGGCGACUCCCCGCCUCAUUACCGCCACGAGGACGAGUUUGAGGAGGAAUGUGAAAUGGAACCAGAGUGCCCUGCCCGCCCGCUCUCCCUCUCCUCCACUGAUCACACCUUCGGCUCCCCCUUCUACACGGAGGCGUCGUGCCGAGGAGAAGCAGGAGGAAGAGAUGAUGAUGAUGACAGCGACCUGGACCUCCCUCCUGAAAUGGGCGCCUCCUCCUCUAAAGCCUCCCCUGGCUACUCCUCCUCGGAACACAGACCCCGCAAGAGACCUCUCGCCCUCCUUCAUCAAUCCCAGUAUGCAACAGCAGUCCAGCGAUGAGGAGGACGAGGAGCGGGGACGCAGGAGCGACCAAUCACAGGAAGGGGACGAACAUGACCUGUCAGUCAAGAAGAGAGCCAACAAACAGCCCCACCACCCCCACUUCCAGGGCGGCUCGGUCCCCCACGCCGGGACGGCUGGGCUAGGGUUAGUCAGAGAAGACACCCCCCCAACCUCCGUCAGCGACUCUAUACCGUCGCAGUCAGAUUCAGACGUUCCCCCAGGGACAAAGGAGUGCCCCUUCAUCACGGGCAACAGCAACAUGGACUCGGACGAGGACACUGAGUACCUGCCUGUGGAUAAGUUCUCCACCAUGGGAGGGGGCCACCAUCACUCCUCUUCCUCCUCCUCCUCCAGGAUUAGCCCCCGGGACCCCCCUCCCGCCCCCCUCAUGGACCCCUUCCCCAACCCCCCUCACCCCGACGUCUGCAUGGUGGACCCCGACGCUCUGGCCAAUGACCAGAACCGGGCAACCUCAGAGUCGCCCCUCAAGAAGGACCCCAAGACGAAAGGCGUGCGGAAGACAGGGAAACCCAAGUCGGCAUCUCCGGCUCGCCGCAAGCGGUCCCCCAUGCCAGUGAAGCAGUUGCCAUCCCCUCGCAGCGCCUCGCUGAAGAAGAAGGAGACAGAGAAGAGCUUGAGGAUGUCCCAUCUGUCAGACGGACAGGGUUCCAGAGACGAUGACCUCUCCAGGUCCAGCUACAACGCCGGCAGGGUGGCCAACGGAGUUAAGAGCACCUCUGGCUCUCAGAGGUCCAGCUCCGUGGUUCCCCAAGGCCCUCCUAUCUAUGUAGACUUGGCCUACAUCCCCAACCACUGCAGUUCUAAGAACGUGGACCAGGAGUUCUUCAAACGCGUCCGCUCUGCAUACUACGUGGUGAGCGGGAACGAUGUGGGAAAUGACGAGCCCAGCCGAGUGGUCCUGGAUGCUCUACUGGAGGGCAAAGCCCAGUGGGGAUCCAACCUACAGGUGACGUUGAUUCCCACCCAUGACACAGAUGUGACUCGGGAGUGGUACCAGCAAACCCAUGAACGGCAGCAGGAGCUAAACAUCAUGGUCCUGGCCUCCAGCAGCACCGUGGUCAUGCAGGAUGAGUCUUUCCCCGCCUGCAAGAUUGAAUUUUAAGCCCCACCCCCCUCUCUUCCCCUCUGUAAUGGGACAACACACAGCUCCCCUGGUUCAGUCUGUCUGUUUAAAUAUUUUGGAUCUGCCUUUUCUAGGGAUUUAUUUCUUACAGUAUAUCAUAACAGUACAUCUCAAAUUACACCCUAUUGGUCUUAUAGCUACCAUCUCUGGUCUAAAGUAGUGCACUGGACUGUAUGUGGAGUAGGGUGUCAUUUUAGACACAGAGAUAUUCAACAACCACACGUUUGAUUAUGGUUAGUGUCAUUGUUUGUAUUAUAAAGGUGCUCUUCAGACUAUAACGCUCCUCUACUAUAAUUAUAAGGUUUAUUCAAGGAAACAAGUAUGGUUGUGCAUACGGUAGAAAUCCAGGCAAAAUGUCCAGGCAAUGGUUACUGUUUCCUUCAAGGUAAGACAGAUUUUCUUCUAAUAGGCAUAACUCAUGCACAAGUAUGCCCUAUUAUAAUGUUAGAGUCAUCAUCAACAACAGACUUAAUCUUUGUUUAAAGAAGUUACAACACCAAAACGCAUUUUGUACUUUAGUGUUUAUAUGUUUUGUAGAACUGAAUACACCAUGCUAAUGCCAAUGGUACUUUUCUCAUCCACGUGCCACUCAUUGAACUUUGUGCCUAAUAUUGACACAUUGACAUAGAUGAUAUUCUAAGUAGAUUGUCUCUAAGAGUCUUUUAGAUGUCGAAUAAUUAUGUUUGUAGUAGAAUAGGGUGGAAAAAACAAAUCGAGUCAUACUCAAAGGUGUUGUGUUUGCCAUUCAGUUUUCAUGUCAUUUCUGCCAUUCAGUUUUCAUGUCAUUUCUGCCAUUCAGUUUUCAUGUCAUUUCUGCCAUUCAGUUUUCAUGUCAUUUCUGCCAUUCAGUUUUCAUGUCAUUUCUGCCAUUCAGUUUUCAUGUCAUUUCUGCCAUUCAGUUUUCAUGUCAUUUCUGCCAUUCAGUUUUCAUGUCAUUUCUGCAAGGUGAAAUUCACUUUUAAUGGAUUUCUCAAGCGCCAUACUGCGUACAGUAAAUCAUAACUAUCAGUGUUGUCUGGUUGUAAAGUGAAGUCUUUUGAGAAUGUUCCCAGCCAGAACACAUCCAGAUGUGUCGAACAGGGCUGGUGUAUAUUGUACAAUAUACAACAUGCACAGUAGAUUACCCUUGCAUUUAUUUUCCAAGCUUGCAUCCACAAACAUAUCGUGGACCCAGCCAACAUUUGCUAUUGUAUGAAAGGAAAGGAGAAUACUCUCAUUGCAAAAUUUUCAUGACUGUAUGUCAGGUUGCAAUGUUGCUAUAUUCAAUGUACUACUUCCUCGUCAUAGCAUUUAUACACAUGUAUAACAUACUGUAAGCAUUCCACAUUGGCUUGGAAUAGUGUGGCUUAUUAAAUGACAAAUAGCUUAAGCAGCUUGUUUGUGUUCAUGAACUCUGAUAGAAAGGAGGCUGUCAGGUUAAAAGAUGUCACGCAACUUAAAGACAACAACCCUCCGCUAUUUAACUGCAGAGCUACAGACCAACACUGUCUGUGAACUGGAGGAGGUCCACACUUUGGGAAGGUAUCACAGAUCAUAUGAUUAUUCUCACAUUUAGUAUUGACCCUUUAAGAGACAUGGGUGUGAUUUGGGACUUGUGUAAGGUGAAGAUAGUGUAGACUAGUGGUAUGUACUCCAGCUAUGACCAUCAUGGUAUUGUCCCAAAUGGCACCCUAUUCCCUAUGUAGUGUACUUCUUUUGACCAGAGCCUUAUGGUAGUGCACUGCAUAGGGAAUAGGGUGCCAUUUGGAGCAGUCAUACCUAACCUGGUUAUGACUACAGCAAUAGGACCAUGUGGUUGUGAGUUCAUGGCCCAUCACCUGUACAGGGUAAUAGUUUGAUUGAGUGUCUGAAGACUUGUCUGUGAGGUGUUUGCGCCGUGCAUUAAGACCACGUUGAUGAACAUUGUGGGGCGGUUCCAUAAAUGAUAGAGGUUUGACUGUCACCCACAUGUGCCUUUCUGUCCUGUCGUGUGUUCAAGGAAGACUCAGAUGCUUGCUUGAACUGGCCCUUGUGGCAAAGCCAUAGAUUUUCAGUGUUCGGCAUACUCCGUUUCAGUCUCAGAAUUUGAACGGACGCCAUGUUGGCACUGAAAGCUUCAAGAUACAGAUUAGAAUGUUCUCAUCAUGGCAUGUUUGGUGCACAUGGAGGAUGGGUUGCCAUGGUAAAGUAGUGGCUAGGUGGGCAGGUCAGUGUUGUAGUAUGAUCACUAAACUAAAAGCAAAAGGUCCAAAAAUAUGAUUUGCACAUCCUACUAAGCAAACUAACAUGGUACUUCUACCAGUCAGUGAUCACAGGGUCUGAUAUUCUCUGUCAGCGAUAGUGAACAUGAAGCACAAAUGAUCAAACAACUUAAGAACCAACUGUGAUCAAACCCAUAUUCUAAGAACUUUUAGGCCUACUCAUAUGAAAAUACUCUAAUUUGGGAUUUCUACCAAUUGUGUUUAUGUUCUUUAACACAAAAGCAGUCAUUUUUAAUCAGAAAAAGAGAAAUGUUAACUCACAGACAGACGUGUUAUUUCCUAUUGAGUUGUAUUAUUUUCUUAACCCUUAUGAUGCCCAUGGAAAGGGAAAUAGGUGUCCUGCUCUCGGGCUGUUUUAGAACCGUUAACUUUGGGACCAGAGGCCAAAAGGUUUUUGCUCCACCACAAUCACCUUGACUCAAUGCCUUGGAAUGUUUUUAAAAGACAAAAUGUACAAUUUGCUUUUGAUUUUAUGUGAUUAUAGUCAGUGUGUCUAGAAUGUAAUUUUCAGUGUUAUUUAAGAUGGGUUUUCAUUUGUGUGCACAGUUAAAUUGUAUCCUUUAAUUUUACUGUAAAUUGGGACUCAGUAGAUUGUUAGAAACUAACUGUUAGAAAAUGGAACAGAUCCUAACCCUUAUAAUUCCAUUUUAUUGCAUCAUGACAUUGAGUUGAGGCUUACAAAGAACAAAUUAUAACAUGCUUUGUUUGAGGGUCGAGACAAAUAGUACCAUUGCGCAAUCUUUGAGGCCAAUCAGAAUAUACAGCAAUGUAUUCCAGUUUUUCUGAGACACAUAUGGCACACACGUAAGUAAUAUCAUAGAGACAAAGAAAAUAGAGUGAAUUGUCAAAUGCUUUCAGUAAACACGCUUUGAAUCCUGCAAUGUCUUUUUCUUCUCGUUGCCGAUGCUCAAAUGUACCGGACCAUGUAGAUUAUCAGAGAGAGUAGUUCUGAGACAGAACUGCUCAGUCUGUUAACCAGGCUGCGAUAACAAUACUGAGAGGUUUAACCAGGCUAGUUCUGAGACAGAACUGCUCUCAGUCUGUUAACCAGGCUGCGAUAACAAUACUGAGAGCAGCGCUCAGUCUGGUUUAACCAGGCUAGUUCUGAGUGUUCCAGCUGAUCCGAAUGUGAAGAAGCAGAUUAACCUUUACGUUCUCCGUGGAGGACAUUGAUAUCUUGGUUGCCUUGGUGACAUAAUAGUUAGUAGUUGUAUAUAUUUCUGCUCCAUCAACUCAAAAGUGUUGUCAGUCAAAGUCAGACUGUCUCCUCUAUUGUGUGUGAAUACAGUGCAUAUCGGAACUUAUUUUUAGGGCAGAAUGUCUGUUAUUUUAUUUCUUUACUCUUGUCUGAAGUCCAUUUCUAAUGGUUGCCCUGAGAAACGAGUGGAAUUAACUAGUCAGCAAUUGAUUAAAGAAAACUGGACAAGUU